AUGUUCAAAUCACUUGAAUUUUCAGGAAAUAACGAUUUUCAAUUACCAAAAGAAAGACCACAAUCGAGAAGCUCUUGGGGUUUACGAUCAUCCACAAGUUUACGAGACAAAACUGUGAAAUUUAUGAGAAGAGACGACUAUAGAAUAUUGAAUUUAGGAAUCUAUCGAAAAACAGCUCAAUUACUCAAAGUAUUACGAGAAGAGUUUGAGAAUGAACGACUGACCUAUUUUCUGAAUCCUGAAACAAAGAAAGAAGUUUGCUACGAGGAGUUAUUCAAUCUAGAUGUCGUUUUGGUUUUAGAAGAUGCCGACGUGGUGGAAUAUAUGAUUCAUUAUUACAAAAAAAGCACAAGUAAGGGAGCACUGUAG